UACUAUAUCACCAUUCCAGGAAGCACUGCCUUGGCUUACUUGCCUUUGUCUCCUCCGUAAUCUUCUAAUGGAUCACACAAUCUCAUAUGGGAUUUUGGUUCUCGUCUCUGUUUUCCUCUGUUGCUUGUUUGCAGGAGAUUGCACGACCUUCGCCUUCAUAAAUAGGUGCGACGAUACAGUGUGGCCCGGAGUCCUCUCCAAUUCCGGCAGCCCUCCACUGAGCGUCACCGGCUUCGCGCUCCCCGCCGGCACCGCAAGAUCCCUGUUGGUCCCGUCAGGGUGGUCGGGCCGCUUCUGGGCGCGCACGGGUUGCUCCUUCGACGACGCCGGGCGCGGCUCCUGCGCCACAGGCGACUGCGGGUCCGGGCAGGUGGAGUGCAAUGGCGCCGCAGCCGCGCCGCCAGCAACGCUGGUGGAGUUCACGCUGGGCGGCGGCGGUGGCGGGGCGGACUUCUACGACGUGAGCCUAGUGGACGGGUACAACCUGCCGGUGGGGGUGGCGGCGGAGGCGGCGGGGUGCGGGGAAACCGGGUGCGCGGCGGACGUGAACCGCGUGUGCCCGGCGGAGAUGAGGGCCGGCGGCGGCGCCGCCUGCCGGAGCGCGUGCGACGCGUUCGGGACGCCGGAGCUGUGCUGCACGGGAGAGUUCGCCAGCCCGAGCACGUGCCGCCCGUCGGCGUACUCGGAGGUGUUUAAGGCUGCAUGCCCCCUGGCGUACAGCUACGCCUUCGACGACGCCACAAGCACCUUCACCUGCGCCGCCGCGCAGCGCUACGCCAUCACCUUCUGUCCUAACUCAACUCCCAGCAAGAAAGCGGCGAGCUCUUCCCAAAGUCGCCCUGCACCAAGAACAGCAGGGCUGGUGCUGCAGGACGACUCAUGGCUGGCGAGCCUUGCGACAGGGAGUGCCAUGGCCAGGAGAGCGGCGCCUGCUCCGUUGGGAGCUGCUCUUCUUUUUGUUUUCUUGUUGCUAUGACUGCAGAUUCAAGUAAUGGAAUUGUUUCUUGGAGAUU